AUGGAGCAAUCUCGUGCUUCAAUAAUCCGUAGUUUGGAGUCGGAGGAUAGGUACGUUUAUGAGCUGCAUAAAAGGCGUCAUCGUCCCUCUACAUCCUAUCCGUCCACCGACUAUGAAAACGACACGCGCAUAUCUCUCGAGCUUGAUGCGGUUCGCACCGUUCGCUCCAUUCUGCAGUUGAAGGAUGCCGGUGAAAUGGGUUACCCGCUGAAGCCGUUUCUUCCACCUUAUGGGGCUACACACGAUUGUUCGUGUCAUACGAAUACUUCGGACCCUUGUAACAGUGUUUUAUGCACUCGCAUAAACUUGCGUAGCCCUCCAUUUUUUCCGGUUAAAGGUAUGGGUUCACCGGAUGUCGCCUUGGGCCAUUGCGAAGUCAGUGUCAACAUCCCUUGUUUAGGUGAUACGCCAGUUAAUGAUAAUAAACCCAUGACCCAUCCUGAUGCUCGUGUACCAAAGGCAACUGUUGGGGGAAUUCCAGCCAAUCUUGCUUCGUCCGAAAGAUCUGUUGCGCAGCGUGACGAUGGUGAAUCAUCAGAAUUCUCAAAAAAUACGGGUUCUAUUGAGCCAAAGUUCGUGAAUGGGGGAAAAUCUCAUGUUGAACAAGAUGUGAGAACGCUGUUGACAGCCGAUACUUUACCGAAAGGACCAUCACAACCUGAAGAUGAGCCACCCACCUCCAACGUGCCAGGACAGGAUGCGUCUGAGGAUAAGGAUCCCAUAUCUAUUGUCACAUCUCCAAAUGAUACUGAAACAUCAGACGUAACCGCCGAGAGGCCCAUUGAGAUAUCCAGCCCUGAUGUUGGUACGGGAACCCGUGUUGAGGAUGAUUCCGAUUCCAUUUCUGCAGCUGAAGCCGUGCAUGAAUAUCAGCAUUCCGAUACGGAUGAUGUGUAUACUGAUGUGAAGCCUCUACAAGCAGCCGAUGAUACGCCAGAGUUCUCAUCCCAGUCAUCGGAUUCACCAUCCGCGCGCGAAGCAGUUCGCGGUUCGUCGGUGGAUUCUUCGCCAAUACGUUCACCUCGUCAUGCCCCAUGUGACACAGCACUCCAAGAUGCGCCAAUUUCAAAGCAAUCAUCUUUAGACAUGUGUGAUGAUACGGCGGCUGUCAUCGACCAUGACGCUCAUGUUGAGGCUUCACCAGAUACGGUGUCUGCGACUCCGCCAACCUGCCUGCGCACCGGAACGUUGGAUACAACACGUUCCAUUUCCAAAGGUGAUACUGUGGAAGCAUCGGAACCUGAUAUCGUAUCAAGCCGUACAGAAAGCAACACAUUUCAUUCUGAAACGGAUGGGGGUAGUGUACUAGAUUCAGAGCAGGAUGGCGUUAGCGACGUGGAAAAUUCGAUCGAUUCUGUUGAUAUCGACAAGUGCGAUGAAGGUGCGACCGCUUCGAUCACACCAGAUGAUGAGGCAACUCUAACUAAACUUGUGAACCGUGCGGAGGAUUCAGGCCUAGGUUCUCCAACGCCAUGUAGCGCAUCCUCGGUUUCAGUUGGUGAAACAAAAACAGCAGACAGUAUUGCGGCUUCUACCAGUCCAAAGUUGCAGUCCGCUAUGACUUCAGUUGAUUCACCACCACUAAGCUCUGGUCGGCUAGGCAGCGAUGCAACACUUGCCGCUCCAUCCACACCUGCAAGCGUGGACAGCUAUAUCCAAAGCGAUGUCGCAAGCGGAAGGGCAUCCGCGCGAUCCGUUGUAAACAGCAGCCAUGCCUCUUCACCUCGUUUAGAAGUUCCGGAGCACCAACAGGUUGUAGAUAUGGCUGAGGAUACGCUUUAUACUACUGAGUCAACGAUUACUGAGGAAGCAACAACUAGUGACACGCUAACCACGGUAGCUGCCCCCGUGCCGAUGCAGGACAUUAAGGAUGGCGAUUCAUCAGCUGAUGAGGUAGAAGCCACACCAGCAGCGUCUUCCGUUGUCACGUCUAGAUCUAUUUCGGUGUCGGCAGAUGAUGGCGUACAAGUUGAUUCAUCCGUUGAGGAGCCAUCAAAUCAGGUGAGUCGCACCCCAACCGACAUAAGAACGUCAGAAACGGAUGAGCAGGAGUCCGAUUUACAGUUGCCAAUAACGUCUCAAUCUUCAUCACAUCUUGGAGAUGAAGUGGUAAGCGAACCCUUGGCAAGCUCACCACACGUUGCCACCGUUGAGGAUGUUGUUCAAUUGCCCACCGAAUCUGUUGAAAUUAUCCAACCUUCUGCCGAUACCGUGGAUAAUGAUGCCGUCGAAACGUAUAAUGAGACUGUUGAGUACAUUUCCCAGCCGUCAACGGAUACAGUGGAAGCAGAUGAUGUACUAGCAUCUACCGAUACUUUGAAUGAGUCUGUUACCGAAACGUCUACCUGCACUGUUGAAGAUGUCCAGCCGCCUGAGGAGACUGUCGAAGCGGACGUUAUACUACCGUCGGUCACCACUGUGGAUGUGGAAGUCACCGAAACGACUGAGAGUAUUGUCGAAGAACGCACCGAUGUUGUGGAGGAUGCCACAGCAUCAUCUACGGAUAAUAAUGUGGAUGUUAUUGAACCACCCAUCGGGCCUGUAGAAGUGGACAGUAACCAACAACAUACUGAGGACGUGGAAGAUAGUGUUAUUGAAACGUCCGCUGAGGCAGUUGAGGGGGAUGCCAAUGAAUCAUCCACCGAGACUGCUGAGGAAUUUGUUCAACCGCCUAUUGAUAUUGUAAAUGUGGACGUUGUUCAACCUAUAGAAACUGCGAAUGAGAAUGUCAUCGACGCACCCGCAGAUAAUGUGGAUGAUAAUAUCAUCGAUUGCAUUGAGAACGUUGCCCAACAGCCUCAAGAUACUGCGAAUGUAAAUGUUCUCCAACCAUCUACCGAAAAUGCAGGGGAUGGUACUCCACGGUCUGCUGAUACUGUGGGUGAUAAUGUGGCGGAAAUACCGGCUGAAACUGUGGAUGGGUGUUUUAGGGAAUCACCUACUGAGACUGAGGACGCGGAUGAUGUACGAGCAUGCGAUGAUACUGUAGAGGACAGUGUCACCGAUAUUGUAGAGAACGCCACCGAAGCCCUCGCCGAUACUUCUGAGGUUGUACAAUCGUCCACUGAUACCGUUAAGGAUGACAUUCAACAUCCUAUAGAAUCUGUGGAUGAGAAUGGUGACGAAACAUCUGCUGAUACUGUUCAGGAGGGCGUUAUUCAACCCACGGAAACUAUGGAUGCGGAAAAUACGCAACCACAUACUGACGCUACGGAAGCACGGGACAUACUAGUAUCGACUGUUACUGGGGAGUCUCACACUAAUGAGACAAUUUCCGAAGAGGUAGCUGAAUGUUCAUAUGCUGAGACAUGCAAUGAUGUGUCUCAAGCGGUGGAUAAUAUGCGCACCCAGCGUGUUGGUGAUUUUGCUCUCCCUGCAAUUCACACCAUAACUCUUUCGCGGAUGGCGAGUGUUAUUUCGCAGAAAUCCGUUGAAACACCGGAGGCAUCAGUGUUAGAGAAGCAAACCCCACGGGAAGCUCUAAAUGAUUUGCGCCUACCUGAUUUAGGCUUGUCUUCCGCGAGGAGUGAUACGGUCAAUGCAGACGCACCAUUACCACAGUCUCCCUCCGCAACAUAUACUUCCUUGGCAUUGAAUUAUGACAACAUACGGGCUUUGUCAUCACGGUUUUCAAGCCUAGCACCCGGCGAGAGCAGUGUGCCUGCCGCUGAGUCACCGAUUUCUUACAGGCGUGAGGAUACGCUGAGUAACAUGGAAUCAUCCCCGUCGGUGAUUGCCAAUGAUGCUGCAGAUAUUGGUUUUUCAAAUAUAAGUGCGGAGGACUCGGACUCCCAGCCGGUAGAUGCCAGUUUGGAAAACUCGCCAAUUCGCGUUCCACAUGAAGUUGAGAGUCAGAACAUUGAGCCGGAGUCCAAGGAUACAUCAUCCCUAUUAGGUGGAGUAGAUGAACGCAACGGUGAUGAGAAUUCGUCUCCGAACAUGACCAAGCAAUCUUCUGAGGAUGCGGCGGAUGUUGCAGAGGGCAUUAAGGAUAAUGUGCAAAGUCACCCCGCUUCCGAGGUAUCGGACAAUGAUGUAGAACAAUCGAAACGUGUGCCCUUGGCUCAAGAUUGUGAAACACCACACGCUGUUGAUGUUGAUUCAGUUGUGAGCACUAACUCCGAUGACCAAAAGGUUGACGUUACUGAGGACACGCAUCCGUCGGAGGGUAACACCGUGGUCGACUCCGCAAUGGAGGCUGUUAAUAUAAGUGACUCUCCUGCCGAAGCAACUUCACCGCGCAGCGUAGUCAGUGAGCGCUGCACCGAAGAGGUGGAAUCGGUAAAUUGCGAGGAGGCGACCACCGUAUCAGAAGAAUGCCCUGCGGUAACCGAUGACUCGCCAUCUUCCGCAUUAAGUCAAGAAUUGACAAACACCGAUGCUGUUACCACGGACGAACCUGCAGAUGCUCUCAACGAUCAUGAAGAUCCAUUGGUACCCAGCAGCGAUUCUGCCGAUGUCCGGGUGUCCGAGGCUGAGGAAAAGGAGCUGAAGCCAGAAGAGGGUGGGAGUCUGACAACAAUGAAUAUCUCACCUGAUACGGAGCCGCCUUCGUCUAAUUUGCAAACAGAUGAAUUGACUACGUCGAACGCUGAGCCGAAUGAGACUGCGGCCCAGUCUGAAGCCAGCGAUGCGGAAAAUGUUGAUACCAAGGAAGCAUGCGACAAUAUUCCUUCCGCUGUCGUAUCCGCUGAAUCAUCACAUCCAACCCCUCGGUCUGAAGAUUCUUUGGUCACCGACGCCCGCAUCCAAUCCGAGUCCGAAGCAUCUGCGUCCCCUCUGCCGUCGGAGCCGACGCCCGUAUCGGAGAGUGUUGGUGAUGUGGGCCGUGAGCCUGACAUAUCGGUACAAAGCACUGCUUCGUAUUGUGAUAUUAACGGCAACAUCCGUCGUUCGUUGUCUAAUGGUUCCGAAUCUGCCGCAGGUGAUAACGGGACUGUUACCACGCAUGACCAGGACGUAGCAUCGACAGAUGCUGUGCAGGCAGUAUCUGCCGAUGUAAAUACGCCAUCGGUUCCAGGAGAGCUUGUGGGGCAUGAACCAAUUGCCGAGACCAGUUCAGAGAUUGCAGCUUCCAACAGUGCAGCUAGGUCCAGGUCACCGUCACCGACGUCCGGCGUCGUGCAGGAAGAACUUUCCGAGGCUGCUCGCUUAUCCAAUGGAGAAGAUGCGGUAGAUGACGCAGCUAUUUUGUCGUCCGUGAUUUCCGAAAGCGAAUCUGUUGCUUCACAGUUGAUCUCGGAAUCUCCAAGGAGCGAUGCGACGCCGCAACUGGAGAGUGACUACGUUACGGAUAACGCUACGUCCUAUUCCGACGACUCGCCCUUUUCGGAUGAGAGCUCGGGUGGCCGCAGCUUACAAGAUUCACCACGUGUGGAGGGAGAAGGCAACGUUGCCUUAGGCAAGCCUAAGAAGGCGAAGGCUAACGUGAAGGUCGGUGAUGCGUCCGAUGUAUCUGCCGACUUAUCUUCGGAGGACAGCGCAGGGUACCACACCGACGCUUUGGUGACGGAUGAAGAAGAUGCGUCUCGCCAGUUGAGCGCCUCCUUCUGCAGUGCAAGGCGACAGAGCAGACGCUGA